AACUCUUUCCAUUUAAGAAGUAUAGUAAUGAUGGUCUCAGAAUUUAAGACAUCUCAUUAAUCAUUUCCCCAACAACCACACAACAAGAACACAAUAAUAAUUAAUUUCAUUUAAGAUGAUCCCUUAUCAUAUUUCUCUCCAAGAGUUCACUCAUAUGCUUCUACGUUUUCUCUCUCUCUAUCCAUCUCAAUCUCUUAUUUUGUUUCUAUAUUGUGUGAAUCAUGUCAUUUCAACAUCGUCCAGAUUUUUAUAGAAUAAUAAUGCAUGAUAAACAACUUAGACUUCCCAAAUCAUAUGUCAAAAAAUAUUGGAAUGGAACUCCAAAUCCAAUAUUUCUUAGACUUCCAAAUGGUGUUCAACAAAAAAUAUUUUGGGUAGAGCGUGACGGUGGUAUUUGUUUUGAUAAAAAUUGGGAAGAUUUUGCUAAGUUUUUAAAAGUUGGAUAUUUCUUAAUUUUUAAAUAUAUAUGUGGAUCAUAUUUCAAAGUUAAGAUAUUUAAUCUAAGUUGUUUAGAAAUAAACUAUUCUAGCAUAAGGUGUGUAGAUGAAGUUGGUGAAAGAAAAGAGGAAAUUAAGGAAAUUAUUGAGUUGAGUGAUGAGAGUGAAGAACAUGCACAAACUGAAAGUGGAAAAAAUGGCAAAAGAAAAAGAAAAGUUACUACCCAACCAAAAAAUUUAAGUAGGCCUAGUCCAUAUUUUGAAGUUACAUUGAAACAAUCUUAUGCUGAAGGCUCUAUGUUGAGGAUACCAAUAGCAUUUUCGAGAGAAUAUUUUACUGGAUUUGAAGAGAAAGCAAUAUUAAAAGUUGGGAAGGACAUUGCCAUGGAAGUGCUCAUCAAAUUCAGUCAAGGAUUUACAAUGAAAAGUGGUUGGAAUAAAUUUACACAAAAAUACAAUUUACAAGUGGGUGAUGCUUGUAAAUUUGUGAUGACUCAAUCUCAACCACUUUCAUUUUCCGUCACUAUUACUCGAGUGAGAAAGAAAACAAAUCCUAUGAUGAUAGAAUUCCAAAGAGAAAAAGCAUUAGAGGAACUUCUAGAGGAAGGCCAAAAAUACAUGUUUCCAAAGAAUGUUCCAAAUGAGUUUAUGACUGGAUAUGAGAAUUUUGUGGAGCUGAAAAUGAAGGGAAAAUCAUGAGUUAUAUGGUAUAUGCUGUUUCUUCAAGGUGGUUUCUUAGUGAGAAAUUAUAGUUUUUGUGUUUAUGUUCAUCAUACAUCUUAGUUGGACAAUUGUUGUUUUAUAAAUAUGGGAAUGUAUGCAUCUAGACUA